GUGGGGGCUAGUGGUUAGAGCAGAGGGGGCGGGGCUGGGACGCCCGCUUUGCAAUGCCUAAGGGGGAAGUUCCCCUUCUCGCCUGCAGGGGCAGCAUCGACCCUUCCCCGCCCCCCACAGGCGCUAGGCGCAAAGAUGAACGCAGCUCGGCGAUCGGCCAUGCUGGCCUCGGAGGUGACCGCGCCUCCCACCGAGCAGGCCCUGAACGCCACCGAGACGCCCAGCAAGGAGAACGUCUUCUCCGACAUGAAGGACAAGUUCAUGAACAAGCUCAGCAAGCUGCCAAUCCCGCCCUGGGCCGUGGCCACCAUCCUGAUCCUGGCGGCUCUUCUGCUGCUCGGCUGCUGCGCCUGCGCCUGCAAGAAACGCGGGAAGGGGAAGAAGGGGAAGAAGGGGAAGGAGAAAGCGAAGGCUCAGAUCAACCUGAAGGAGGUGAAGGAGCUGGGCCAGAGCUACAUUGACAAGGUGCAGCCCGACAUUGAGGACCUGGACCCGGCGCUGCUGCCUGAGCCUACGGACGAGAAGCGCCAGGAGAAGCUGGGGAAGCUGCAGUACUCGCUGGACUACGACUUCCAAAACGGGCAGCUGGUGGUGGGCAUCAUCCAGGCAGCCGACCUGCCGGCGCUGGACAUCGGGGGCACGUCCGACCCCUACGUCAAAGUCUUCCUGCUCCCUGAGAAGAAGAAAAAACAUGAGACCAAAGUGCAUCGGAAAACCCUGAACCCCACGUUCAAUGAGACCUUCACCUUCAAGAUCCCCUACGCGGAGCUGGGCGGGCGGACCCUGGUCAUGGCCGUCUACGACUUCGACCGGUUCUCCAAGCACGACGCCAUCGGGGAGCUGCGGGUGCCCAUGAGCAGCGUGGACCUGGCCCAGCCCAUCGAGGCCUGGCGGGAGCUGCAGUCCGCCGAGCGGGAGGAGCAGGAGAAGUUGGGGGACGUUUGCUUCUCCCUGCGCUACGUCCCCACGGCCGGGAAGCUCACGGUGAUUGUUCUGGAAGCCAAGAACCUGAAGAAGAUGGAUGUGGGGGGGCUGUCAGAUCCCUACGUGAAAAUCCACCUGAUGCAGGGCGGAAAGCGGCUGAAGAAGAAGAAAACGACCAUUAAGAAAAACACCCUGAACCCCUAUUAUAACGAGUCCUUCAGCUUCGAGGUUCCCUUUGAGCAGAUCCAGAAAGUCCAGGUUGUUCUCACCGUCCUGGAUUACGACAAGCUGGGGAAGAACGAGGCCAUUGGGAAGGUCUUCGUGGGCUGCAACGCCACCGGCACGGAGCUGCGUCACUGGUCCGACAUGCUGGCCAAUCCCCGGCGCCCCAUCGCCCAGUGGCACACCCUGCAGACGGAAGAGGAGGUGGACGUGGUCGUUGGCAUGAAGACCUCCUGAUGCCCCCUCUUCACUCCCCCCAUCCUGGCCUAGCUGGUGGGCAGCCGUCCCCUCUCCCAUCCUGAGCGAGUGGGAACGUGUGGGUGAGGCGCCUCUGGAGAAUGCGUGUGUGGGGUUGCCUGUGAGCCUGUUUCCUCUUUCAGAGCUGUUCCUGUUGAAACAUCUUCGAACAAACCUUCUGUUUCUGAUCCGCUGUGUGAACCAUGAGGUUUGCGUUGUGUCGAGAAGCUGGUGGGACGUCUACUAUAGGGUUACUAUAGGUUUACUAUGGAGUUACCAUGGGUUUACUAUGAGGUUACUGUGGGCUUACAGUAGGACUGCAGUAGGUUUACACAUCAUGUUGUGCUGCCACAUUUGAAAACUGGGUCUUGUGUGUAAACCUAUUGUAAAUCUGUUUACUAAUAGCUUACAACAGGUUUACUUUAGGGCUACUAUAGCUUUGCACAGGUGGACGUCAUAGUAUGGUGACACACUUGAAAGCUAGGCCCCAUGUAAAUCUCUUGUAAAGCUGUAGCAGAGGCAUCCUAAAGAUUUCCACCUUUGGAUCUCGCAAGUCUCCUGUACGAAACUAUUGUAGCUGUGUUUACUAAGGGUUUACACUAUACUGGAUGCUAUAGCACGGUGCCCCCUUUGAAAAUUAAGCUUAAUGUGUAACCCUAUUGGAGAUUUGAUUCCUAUAUGUUUACAACAGAUUCACUCGAUGGUUACACUUAGCUUCACAUGCCAUAUUUUAAAACUGGGCUUCAUGUGUAAUCCUGUUGUAAAUCUAGUCAUAAUAGCUUGGCUACUGAUUGGCUCCAGGUUCACUUACAGCUUUACACAAUGUAUUUACUAUAGGCUUACAAGAUAUUUACUAUGGGUUUCACACAGGUAUACUUUGGGUUUACUACAGGUUCAUGACAAGUUUACUAUAGAUUUGUUGUGGGCUUAUGAUAGGUCUAAUAUAGGGUUACAACAGGUUUACGGAGCGUUUACAACAGAUUUACUAUGACUUUACGUUUUACUGAACAUUAUUUACUGUAGUAUAUUGUGACUACAUUUUAUUGUAGGCUUACAACGGGUUUACAACAGGUUCACUAGAGACUUACAACAGGUUCACUAUGGCUUUACUAUUAAUUUACAAACAUGUUUAUUAUAGGUUUACAGCCAGUUUGCUAUUUGUUUACAAACAUGGGUUUACAACAAGUUCACUAUGGGUUGACAACAGGGUUCCUGUUGUUUUACAAACAUGUUUACUGUAGACCUACAACAGGUUUACUAUAGGCUUACACUGAGUUUACUGUGGGUUUAGAACAGGUUCACUACGGCUGUACCAGAUGUUUACAACAAGUUUACUAUUGGUUUACAAACAUCUUUUCUAUAGUCUUACAACAAGUUUUCUAUAUGGCUACUACAGGCUAGCAGGGACUUUACCACGGGUUUACAACAGGUUCACUAUAGACAUACAUGUUUACGAUAGCUUUGCGACAGAUUAUUAUAGGCUUAUUAUAGGCUUACAACAGGUUUACAACAAGCGUCCACGAGGGCCAACAUUCAAAUACACAUGCCUUGUUCACAUCGUCCCUCCUCUGGCUGCCUCAUGGUGCACAUUGGACAAUCGGUCCUCGGGCAUUUCAAUCGACUGCAAUUUACACAUGAGACCCACCCUCCAAAUGCAGGCCCCUUUCCUACGCAAGCCCCAAAAUAGGACCAUUCCUUUAAGGCACCAGCAUCGAAGAGCUCAGCUCCUGCUGUCCCAGUGCCCGGUGGGAUUAUUACCUGGCUCGGUAUAAGCCACCUCCGUUGAUGUUUUGUUUUGGGUUGUUUUCUGCUCAGCUUGUGCCGAUGAAAUCAGGCUGAUCCGAUUCCCCACCUGGUUCCUGUUGUACCAAAUCUUGCUGCUGUUCAUUGAUACUCGCACUUGAUAGCUAAUUAACGUCCUUGGGACGGGGGAGGGGACUUGGUAUGAUCACCCCUGGCUCUGGGAAAGUUAGAGCAGGGCGGGCUGGGAGCCAGGACUCCUGGGUUCUGGUCCCGGCUCUGGGAGGGGAGUGGGAUCUAGUGGUUAGAGCAGGGGGGACCUGGAGUCAGGACUCCUGGGUCCUAUUCACCAUCUGACCUCUGGCAAGCCACUUCCUCUUCAUACACCCCGAAAACCGGGCUAACACCCCAGUCUGAAGCCCUCAGACGCAAGACUGCAAAGUAUUAGUACAGCGACCUCUUGGCUUUCGCUGCCCAGACGUCUCCUGCUCGACCCCAGAGCCCCCUUUCUCCUCGUGCCCCAUCUGGCUCCAUUUCAGUUCACAGGGAACUUGGCUCUAUUUCGUUACUAACAGCUUCCUCCAGCUAUUUAGUCUCCAAGGCAGAAUCUCUCAUUCCUGCCCUGUCCAGGGAUUUCUGUUCCCAGCAAAAUGAGCCAAGAAGAAGGACACCUCACCAGGCCAAGAACGGUCAAGUGUAGGGAGCGGUGGCCAUUUUGUCUCUCGUAUUGACCAAGGUAGCAUGUUUGGUACUAUCCUCCGACUGUAGAAUUAGCACCCUUUGGGGACUAAAAAAUGCCUUCCAUCCCCCCUAUUUAAAUCUUAUCCCCUCCGUCUCCUCUCUCUGGUCCCAAAUUUUAGUGACGGGCAUGACUGUAGGCGUGAUUGUGUCGUAAUUCCAUUGGCCAAGCCCUUGUUAGCUGGAUAACUGUCCAUCACCUUCUCCCCACCCUCCACCCCCAGUCUCAACUUUUAGCCAUAAGCAAAGUGAAGGGCAAGAUGACCUCUGCUCGAGAUGGCCUUUGUCAAGAUGGACGGAGGCAUUAAAUUACUUCCACUGACCAGUCCCUUAUAUCUCUCCAUCUCUCUUUAUCCCCCGGCCCCAACUUCUAGCAAAAACCAGAGAGAUUAUCAAGAGGGUGGCCGUUUGAGAUGAUGACCACCAUUCAAGAUGGUGGCCACUCAAGAGUGGGGUGGCCAUUCAAGAGGGUGGCCGUUUGAGAUGAUGACCACCAUUCAAGAUGGUGGCCACUCAAGAGUGGGGUGGCCAUUCAAGAGGGUGGCCAUUUGAGAUGAUGGCCACUCAAGAUGGGGGUGGUCAUUCAAGACGGUGGCCAUGCCACAUGAUGGUGAACUGUGAGGUAAUACUAGUCUCCCCAAUCUCCUUUCCACCCUAAGUCCCAACUUCUAGCAACAACCGGUGUGUAAAUGCCCGGCGCAAGAUGGCCUCUGCCAAGCGUUGAAGAGAUGCUGCGUCCUAGCCCCCUCCGGGAACCCCUUGUUCGUGGUUCAAGACGACCGCCCCACCUCCGUAACAAUGGGUGUGCCAAGCACUAGCCGGCCACCACCGUGCCGCGAUAGACGCGCUGUAGGAUAAUGGCAGACAGGAUCGUGUACAGGCCAAAGAGGAGCGCUUGUGACCUAUGACGUGUGUGGAUGCUAGCCCCGCCCUCCCAUUUUGAGGAACCUCCCUGUCCCCGCCCCUUAGUGGUGCUGUCCUUUAUAAGCCGCACCCCUUUUGAACAGGUUUUCAUAUUGAUGUCUUUGAC